AUGGGUGAUAAGAAUGGACAAGUAGUAGCUGGUGGCAAUGGCGAAGGAAAUCGAUUGGAUCAAUUGAAUAGUCCAAGCGAUGUGUUGAUUGACAAAGAGACGGAUAGUCUCAUUAUUUGUGAUUAUAUGAAUCGACGAGUCGUACGAUGGUCUCGUCGUAGUGGUACAACUCAAGGAGAAAUCCUCAUCAACAACAUCGUUUGUUAUGGAUUGGCCAUGGAUAAUCAGAGAUAUCUCUACAUCUCUGACAACGACAAACAUGAAGUAAGACGAUAUCAAAUAGGAGACAAGAAUGGAACUAUUGUGGCUGGUGGCAAUGGCAAAGGUGCUGGUCUCAAUCAACUCAACUGUCCGUACUACAUCUUUGUCGAUCAACAACAGACUGCCUACGUGUCAGAUUGGAACAAUCAUCGUGUAAUGAAAUGGAAUAAAGGUGCAAAAGAAGGAAUUGUCGUCGCUGGAGGUCAAGGACAAGGGAAUGCUCUGACACAAUUGUCGUGUCCUAAUGGACUAUUUGUCGAUACGUUGGGUACCACCUAUGUGGCAGACUGGGGAAAUCAGCGAGUGAUGCGUUGGCCUAAAGGAGCGAAACAGGGCACUGUCAUUGUGGGUGGAAAUGGUAAAGGAGCAGGAGCAAAUCAGUUCAGCGCUCUCCGAGGUUGUUCAAAAACAAUGCAGUUAUUAGUUGAACAUGAACAAUUUGCUAAAGUUUGUUGUUAUUGAAUUUGUUGAACCACCAACAAAUCUUCAAGUCAAUAGGUUACAUUCAUAUUGAAAUGUACUAAUAUGUAAACCAACAUUUUUUAAUAAAAUUGAUGACGAAAAAAUGUUCUAAGAAAAAGACUUUUAUUUAAUCUUUGUUGUUUUUUCUCAUACAUUUGUACAAGAAAGAAGAAAAUUUGAGUAAGAAAAAAAUUCUUUAGUUAUUGAAAAUUAAUUAUCAAGAUAAAAUUUUAGAUUAUAAGGAUUUAAUCAAUCAGAUCUUUU